AUGAACAUCCAAGGCAUCUUUAAAUACACCAUUCUACUUGGAUGGCUUCAUGCCACUACUAUCGGGGCUGUUCUGGAUGGUGAUCGCUUUCUAUGGUACUCAGAACCUGCCUCUGACUGGGAGACGGGUGUUCUUGCCAUUGGGAAUGGUAGGAUCGGCGCAGCAAUAUUUGGCAGCGGCAAUGAAGUUAUUACCUUGAAUGAGGACAGUAUCUGGUCAGGACCUCUUCAGAACCGCAUGCCUACCAGAGGACUACAAGCAUUACCGAAAAUCCGUCAACAACUAGUCGAAGACAAUAUCACCGAAGCGACGAGCUCGAUAAUGAAUGACAUGAUGCCCUCAGUGUCAAGAGAGCGUGUCUACAGCUAUUUUGGCAAUCUUCAUCUUGACUUCGGCCACGAGCGCGGGAUGACGAACUACGUGCGAUGGCUGGACACUCGGCAAGGCAAUGCCGGUAUCUCGUAUACGUACAACGGCAUCAAUUAUACCCGUGAAUACAUUGCAAGCUUUCCAGCCGGCAUUCUGGCGGCAAGAUUCACCGCAAGCAAAGCAGGUGCAUUGAGCUUCAACACGACUUUCACCCGAGAAAGCAACAUAUUAGCUAAUUCGGCGUCUGCCACCACGAAUGGAGGCUUAUUGACUAUGCGAGGCUCGAGUGGACAAAGUACAAAGAAUGACCCGAUUCUGUUUACUGGGAAGGGUCAAUUUAUCGCUGAUAAUGCUCACACCAGCGUUUCCGGUUCCACACUCUCAAUAACCGGAGCAACUGAGGUAGACCUAUUCUUUGACAUUGAGACUAGUUACCGCCAUCAGACGCAACAAAAGCUGGAAGCAGAAGUGGAUCGCAAGCUAAAGGCUUCCAUUGCGAAGGGAUAUACUGACAUACGGGACGGUGCUAUUGCUGACGCCACGGCCCUGUUGGGCCGUGCUUCCAUCAAUUUUGGCAAAUCUCCCAAUGGCGCUGCUAAUCUCCCGACCGACAAGCGUAUCAAAAUGGCUCGGAAAGGCCUCGAUGAUACUCAGCUCGCUGUUCUUGCGUGGAACUACGGCCGCCACUUACUUGUCGCAUCCUCCCGUCACAACGAUGCAGAUGUGAGCUUACCAGCCAACCUACUGGGCCUCUGGAACAACAGGACGACGUCUGCCUGGGGUGGCAAGUUUACCAUCAAUGUUAACCUUGAGAUGAACUAUUGGCCCGCUGGACAGACCAACAUCAUCGAAACUCAAGAGUCGAUGUUCUCGCUUCUCAAAAUUGCCAAACCCCGAGGCGAGGAGAUGGCGCAGAAAUUAUAUGGCUGUAAUGGGACCGUAUUUCACCACAAUCUGGAUCUCUGGGGAGACGCUGCGCCUUCUGACAAUAACACAUCUGCUACUAUGUGGCCUAUGGGAGCGGCUUGGACGGUGCAGCAUAUGAUGGAUCAUUAUCGCUUUACCGGCGACGCAGGCUUUCUCUUGCACACAGCUUAUCCGUUCCUCACGGACGUGGCAAGCUUUUAUAGGUGCUACGCCUUUGAUUGGCAAGGAUCAAAGGUAACAGGCCCUUCCGUUUCGCCCGAGAACUCUUUCAUCGUACCAAAAAACGCCAGCGUCGCAGGCUCAAGGAAAGCGUACGACAUAGCGCCUGAGAUGGAUAAUCAGCUGAUGCGAGAUGUCAUGGAGAGCCUGCUAGAGGCUGCUAAGGCACUCAACAUUCCACAGACGGACGAGGACGUGAAGGAAGCGACGAAGUUUCUGCCCCUUAUUCGAAGGCCUGCUAUUGGGUCGUAUGGGCAGAUUCUCGAGUGGAGAAGCGAAUACAAAGAAGCAGAACCAGGGCAUAGGCAUCUCUCACCUUUAUACGGCCUGCACCCUUCUUUUCAGUUCUCACCACUUGUCAACGAGACUCUGAGCAGAGCUGCAAACGUACUCCUCAAUCAUCGCGUGGCUAACGGAUCCGGUCACACAGGCUGGAGUCGGGCAUGGUUGAUCAAUCAGUAUGCGCGUCUCUUUUCCGGAGCCAAAGCAUGGAAACAUGUCGAAGCAUGGUUCGCAAAGUAUCCGACUUCCAACUUGUGGAAUACCGAUUCCGGACAAGGCUUUCAAAUUGACGGCAACUUUGGCAUCACAAGUGGGAUAACGGAAAUGAUACUCCAAAGUCACGCAGGGAUUGUUCACAUAUUGCCGGCUCUGCCUGCAGCUGCAUUGCCUACUGGAAAUGCUCGGGGUCUGCUCGCUCGAGGGGGGUUCGAGGUCGAUAUUGACUGGAAGGAAGGCACAUUCCAAAAAGCUGCCAUAAGACCACAGCGCGGCGGCCGAUUGCAGCUUAGAGUCAGCGACGGGACAAGUUUCAAGGUGAAUGGGGAGCUAUACAAAGGACCAAUUCAGGCCGUAGAGAUCUGUCACGGGCUAGACCCCUGA